CGGCCGAGCGAUUCUCGAAAACCGCCUCAAUCGCCAUGAAUCGGGCAGCAGUGCGAUCCGCUCUUGGGCGCGGCCGUGUCGAGAUCCGAUGGGACAGCCAGCGAUCCCUAUCAACAACGCAAUGGGUACAAGACGACCAGCCAUCCCAACCUCGACCCACCACCCGGCAACGAUUAGCGGCGGCAGCUUCUGAUCUGGGCUCCUUGGGGCAAUCCGGCUCGCCCAGCGCACCGCGCGUCGAUGCUCGCUCCUUGGGCGCGUCCUCGCCCGGACGAGGAGGGCCAGCCGGCGGGCACACCAUGAUCAACCUCCGGAGCCUCAGGGGCCGCUUGACCACACCUCGCCCAGCCGGCCGAUUUGCCCCGAGUGGCGGGCAAGGCUUUCCACCACGCACUGGGGGUCCCAGGACUCCUUUCCAGCGAGGCGGCGGCGAUGCCGGUGCUGGCGGGUUUCGUGGCAGGGGCCGCGGCAGGGGUCGUGGCGGCGGCGGUGCCGGUGGACGGGGGGGCAAACGGAAGAAGAAGGACGAGGAGGCCGCAAAGGACGAUAACGCCAACGGCAAGCUCAUAUGCACCCCCGAAGAACAGGAUUGGCUCAAUCGCAUCGAGCAAGGCGUCGUAACGCCAUACACGCCCCCGACCACGCUGGAAUCCCUGGUCGGCCACGGCCCGGCCCUGGCAACGGAUGUCUCCAUAGGCAAGGUCGAGGCCGCGAUGAGGGGCAUGCGGAUUCUCGGAGGAGGCAAGCCGUAUAACCCGGACGGCUUCUUCAACGACCCCAAGGACAACGUCAACCGGUACUACCACGAGAAGAAGCCCGUCUUCUUUGACAGCUUGAAGGAGAAGGAGUGGCUGGAGGGCAGCCAGGAUGGGGUCAGGAUAUAUCCUCCUCACGAGAACACCAAGGCGGCCAUUAUUCAGGCUGCUGUCCAGGGGAAAUACGUCGCCCCCAAGUUCGCGGCACUCAACGACACUCUGGGUAUGCUGGCAAGCUAUCACGCCCGCGAAGCGACGUACACACCUACCGAUGGGGAGAAGUUUGAUGCGAAGGUCCGUUCUCUUCUGCCUGCCCAAGGUGCACGCGCGAAGGGUGCCGCCCGACCUCGGAAAGCAGCGGCGGCAUAAGGAGGGCGAUCGAGCAGAUGUCUGGUAAUACCGACACCCGGGGGAUGGACACUGUAGCACUAUGUGGAGCUUGUUGUAUGUAGGAAUCGAAUCACUGUAUGAAUAUAUGGAUGGGUAUCCCUUCGA